GCCCUCGGGCGGCCGCGGCGGGCGUUCGGUGACAGCGUGACCUGCAGGUGGGUCCGGGUACCACGAGGAGCAGCCCCCCAUCCUCCUGGCCGGCAACCCCGCUGUGCAGGGGCUGGGUGCGCCGAGGACCCAAAGGAGCGACCACCCCGGGAAGCAUCCCCGGGGGCGGAAAUGGAGACUGGUGCCCUCGCGUGAGGCGGGCGAGUGGAAGCGCCGCGGCUCCAGACGGUGGGUUCCCUGGUGGGCGCGAGCCAAGGUUAUGCUGCCAAAGUAUGGUAAGGAGUUUUAGGAGCAAGAAGAAAUAAUGAGACUUUAGAGUGUGGAGCUGACCAGCCAUAUGAGAGACAGGAAUCUGAAGUUGAGAGACAUGCCAAGGUGAACUGUUCGUCAGUUUCAGCAACAGGCAGAAGGAGACUAGAGUUCAGGUGCCAACAGUUUACAAGCAGUAUAAUGAUUUUAACUGGACUUGAAAAUGAGUAAGAGCAGAAAGCCAGCAGUGCAGCAGAUGCCAGGCCCAGAGGCCUUCAGCCCAGAUGUGCUCGCUGACAUUUUUGAGCUCUUCACCAAGAACUUUACUUAUGGAAAGCCACUUGAUGAUGAGUGGCAGUUACCAGGUCCUCAAGAGAUGUUCACCAGUGAACACACGGAAUUUACUGCCUUUCUUGAUCUGAAGAACUCCCUAAAUGAAGUGAAAAACCUACUGAGUGAUAAGAAACUGGAUGAGUGGCACGAACAUACUGCUUUCACCAAUAGAGCAGGAAAAAUCAUUUCUCAUGUGAGAAAAGCUGUGAACGCGGAACUUUGUACUCAGGCCUGGUGUAAGUUCCAUGAGAUUUUGUGCAGCUUUCCGCUCCUUCCCCAGGAGGCUUUUCAGAAUGGAAGGCUGAAUUCCGUUCACCUCUGUGAAGCCCCUGGGGCUUUCAUAGCUAGUCUCAACCACUACUUGAAGUCCCAUCGGUUCCCUUGUGAAUGGAGUUGGGUAGCUAAUACCCUGAAUCCAUACCAUGAAGCGAAUGACAAUCUUAUGAUGGUUAUGGAUGACCGGCUUAUUGCAAAUACAUUGCAUUGGUGGUACUUUGGUCCCGAUAACACUGGUGAUAUCAUGACUCUGAAGUAUCUGACUGGACUUCAGGAUUUCCUGAGCGGCAUGGAUACCAUACACCUGGUCACUGCAGAUGGGAGUUUUGAUUGCCAGGGAAACCCGGGUGAACAAGAAGCUUUAGUCUCUUCUUUGCAUUACUGUGAAGUUGUCACUGCCCUUACCACGCUUGGAAAUGGUGGCUCUUUUGUUUUGAAGAUGUUUACUUUGUUUGAACAUUGUUCCAUAAACCUGAUGUACCUGCUAAACUGUUCUUUUGACCAAGUGCAUGUUUUCAAACCUGCUACUAGCAAGGCAGGAAACUCAGAGGUCUAUGUGGUAUGUCUCCACUAUAAGGGAAGAGAGGCCAUCCAUCCUGUGUUAUCUAAAAUGAUGCUGAAUUUUGGGAUCGAAAUGACCAGGAAAGCUCUCUUUCCCCAUCAUGCGAUUCCGGAAUCUUUUCUGAAAAGGCAUGAAGAAUGUUGUGCAUUCUUUCAUAAGUAUCAGCUAGAGACUAUUUCUGAAAACAUCCGUCUGUUUGAGUGCAUGGAGAAAGAGGAACAAGCAAAGCUGAAUAAUUUAAGGGAUUGUGCUGUACACUAUUUCAUGCAAAAAUUUCAACUGAAACCUCUUUCCAAAAAGAAUUGGUUAGUAAAAAAAUCUAACAUUGGUUGUAGUACAAAUACAAAAUGGUUUGGGCAGAGAAACAGAUAUUUUAAAACUUACAAUGAAAGGAAGAUGUUGGAAACCCUUUCUUGGAAAGAUAAAGUUGCCAAAGGAUACUUCAAUGGUUGGGCGGAAGAGCACGCUGUCUGUCAGCCCGGGCAGAGCUCUCUGUUAGAAGGGACAGCUUCCAAACUAGAGUGUCACUUAUGGUAUAUUUUAGAAGGCAAGAAACUGCCAAAGGUAAAAUGCUCGCCUUUCUGCGAUGGUGAGGUUUUAAAGACUCUCAAUGAAGCAAUCGAAAAGUCUCUAGGAGGAGCUUGGAAUUUGGAUUCCAAGUGUGGGCCCACACGGCAGCCUCACUGUCCUUGUGACAUUUUUUCUGCAGAACUAAUACUUUCUGAGUUGUUGAGCCUCACCAAGUGCCUUCAGGACGAGCAGGUUGUGGAACCCAGCAACCAAGUGAAGUGCCUGCUCGUGGGUCUGCCGGCUCUGCAGGACGUCAAAGUGCACGUGCCAGUGGAAGUUCGACUCCUGGAGUCGGCCGAACUCCUGACUUUCAGCUGCUCCUUGCUUCAUGAUGGAGACCCGGCGUAUCAGCGGUUAUUUCUGGACUGCCUGCUGCAUUCAUUGCGACAGCUUCAGACAGGGGAUGUUAUGGUUUUGCCUGUACUUUCCUGUUUAACAAGAUUCAUGGCUGGUUUGGUUUUUGUACUUCACAGUUGUUUCAGAUUCAUCACGUUUUCUUGUCCCACCUCCUCUCAGCCCCUGAGGACCUGUGCAGUUCUGCUGUGUGUUGGUUAUCAGGAUCUUCCGAAUCCAGUUUUCCAAUAUCUGCAGAAUGUGAAUGAAUUUUUGAGCACUUUGCUUAACUCUGAUUCCCCCCAGCAGGUUUUACAAUUUGUGCCAAUGGAGGUGCUCCUUAGGGGGGCAUUACUUAAUUUUUUAUGGGAUUUGAAUGCUGCCAUUGCCAAAAGGCAUUUGCAUUUAAUUAUUCAAGGAGAGAGAGAAGCAAUCAGCAGCCUUCAAGUAUGAAAUUGGACAUGGCCUUCUGAGAUUGAACUUCAUGACCUCUUACAAUUUCUCAGUUAUUGCAUCCAUUCACUCUCUCGAUUCAGUACCUUUCAUUUGGGGAAAGGGCAGCUUCUUCACUUCAUCGUUCAGAGUCUUGCUAAUUCUGGAAAGCCAUCGGCUCGUUUAGGUCUCCAGGAUGUGUCCAUGCACAGGCACAGUUAGGUGAGGUGAUGGUGUUCACCCUUUAAACAUGCGUUGUGUGUAUCUGUCAGCGUGGACACACCUGUGCUGCUUACGCAGUCUAGGUGGUCUUAGCUGCUCAAGAUGUGCGUGCCCCUGUGUCCGUCGCUGAGCACAGCUGGUAUUUUCCCAGCUGACUUCCUCUUCUGGCUAGUGCUGUUGAUGAGCAUUUUGACAGAGGUCAUUGAUGAAAGGAGGCAACACUGAUUUCCUUCAGCACUGACCAGGGCAGCUGUGGAUUUCGGGGAACUCAUCUUGGCAGGUGUCUUGGUGUGCCAUCCGUUGCCCUGAGACCACUGACCUGAUUACCUUCUGUGGUCAGAUGAAACUGGGGUGCUGUUCUGUGGGUGUCUAACCAACCAUAACCAUCCAACUAUGAAAGAGAACGGAGCAGCUUCAAACCAAAGAUCAUGUUCAUUGUUUUAAACAUGAAGGUUUGUCUGUAUCAUGAAAGCUUAAUUUAGGUAUGGUAUGGUAAUUUUUAACCUCUACAAAAUAAUUUGUGAAUGAGAGGGCUUUGAAAUUUUAAGGUUCAGUUUAUAGCCUCAAUGGGAAUGUGUGAGUGUGAUGUGUGAGUGACGUACUGAGGAAGAACGCUAACACUUCAAGAAUGACAGUUCAGCACGCAACAUUUUUUUUUUUUUUUUUUUACUGAUUUUCCGUGUGGAAAUAGCACUUUGCCUUUAAAAUAGCCAUGAGAUGGUUAUGUUAUUAAUUACAUUUGAUUUCUUUUGAAUUUGUUUGUAUUUGUGCAAUGAGCCUUUCUGGCAAACUGUUAAACAGUUCUUCAUUAUCUUUAAGUUCUGCAGAGUGGAGAAUAUUUAUAUUCUCACUUGUGCAUUUUUAGGCAUUUUGUUAUAUGAAAAAUAGAUUUAUUCUCUGAUGUAUUUGGUUGAUAAAUAUUAAUCUGAAAAUUUUUCAUGUUCUUUGCUAUUUUGAGUUCCAUUACAGAUUCAUGAAUAAAGUCAUUAGCAGAGA